UCGUCUAAUUAUUUUGUUAUGUUGAAAGGUGUUUUGUUGCGAUGCAUUCCCAACGAACUGCGAGUCGAUUUCCAUCGCUACUACGAGGACUCAAACAUAAAUUCUCAUCGCUCGGAUAACGAAGAUGAUGCAGCCAGUGUUUCUUCCGCCUCAGAAAAUUCUUCGAAAACGAUUGGUGACAUACAGUAGCACAAAUCAUGAUGCCAAGGAUUGUUCCUGCACAAAAAGUAUUCCUGAAAAGAAAAAAAUGCUUGUUGCUGAGGGAAGGUGCUUUCGAUGCUGCAAAAAAGGUCACAACUCGAGGAUGUGCAGAGUAAAAGGAAUUACUUGCAAAACGUGUAAUGGACAUCAUGCUACCAGUAUGUGCGACCCUUCUUAUUGUCCAAAAAAUAAUAUAAAAUCAGUGAGUAUAAACAACGAUUCUGCCAUUAACCUGUACACAUCUGAUCGAUUGCAAAAAGGUGUUACAUAUUUACAAACAGCAUGUGCUUAUGCAAGUAGUGAAAGUUCUACCUUUUCUAUGUUCGUUCGCAUUGUCAUGGAUGGAGGAAGGCAGCUCUCGUUUAUUAAGUCAACGCUGGCACGUCGUUUGAAUUUACCAAUUGUGGGAGAGCAUAAUUUGAGCGUGAUAACCUUCGGAAGUGAAAAACCAAAGCCAAGCAAGAUCUGUAACAGAGUUCGGUUAGUACUUCGUAGCCAAUUUGAUGAUCAAGCCGUAGUGAUAGAUGCGAUUGAGGUUCCGGCUAUUUGUUUCGAUGGGCUAUCUGAGCCCACAAACGAUCGAAUUAUUUCAACAGUAAAGCUGACUUUAGCUGACAAUCGUGCUCAUGGACCAACACUAGAAGAUGGGAUUAGCGUGCUCAUUGGUGCCGAUGCUUAUUGGCAGUUCGCAACAGGUGAACACAAGCGUCUCACAGAAAGGUUAACAGCAAUAAACACCAUUUUGGGUUGGACUAUUCAAGGACCAUCGACCACAGAACAAAAAUUAUCCGAUUCCACCUGUGCAACGUCACUUAACAUAUGUGCCUGUGAAGAUAUACAACGAUUGUGGCGGCUUGACGGUUUGGGAAUACUAUCAGAAGAUAAAAAAGAGGUAAGUGGCGAUGUUUCCUUACAUAUUAGUAGAAAAGGUGACAGGUUUGAAGCAUCUCUUCCGUGGAAAGCCAUUUCUACUCCCCUGCACAACAACAGAACGGGUGCUUUCAUACGGAUGCAAUCACUAGUGCGAAAACUUUGUGCAUCUGGAAAAAUUAUUGAUUACGAUGAAGCUAUGAACGAGAUGAUAUCAGCUGGCAUUGCAGAGCGGGUGUCUGAAGAUGUGGUUGGUGACGUUUUGUAUUAUUUACCACACCGUCCGGUGUACAGAGAAGAUAAAGAAACAACAAAACUUCGUAUUGUUUUUGAUGCUUCCGCCCACGCUCCAAAUUAUUUAUCGCUAAAUGACGUUUUGGAAGUAGGAGAGAACUUUUUAACUGAUCUUUUGCUCAUUCUUUUAAAUUUCCGAGUUGGAAAAGUUGGUCUCAUUUCAGAUAUUGAAAAGGCGUUUUUACAAAUAAUGCUGAAACCAUCAGAUAGAGACAGUCACCGCUUCCUCUGGUUUGCCCAAAAGAUUGUAAAUGAGAAAAUAUUGCCUGCAGUAAUCACCUACCGAAUGACGCGACUAACAUUUGGCGUAAAAAGCAGCCCUUACAUUCUGGGUGGGAUGAUUCAAGAACUUAUCAAAGAAGCUUUGUUGAAAUUUCAAGAUCAAUGUGCGUCUGCAAAUGGAAGUGACGAAGAGAUGGAACGUUAUCGAUUCAUUUGCGAGCUUUUGAAAAAAAGUUUUUAUAUGGACGAUUUUGUCGCAUCUAUGGAUGAUGAAAUUGUUGCUACACAAGUUUAUCGGGAAGCCAAUGGAAUUUUUGAAAGUGCGUCCAUGAAGUUACGUAAGUGGAAUUCUAAUAACGCUUGCGUGCGGAAUGGUUUUUCCGAAGACGAACAAUUAUCUGCUUCUCCAAAGGUGCUAGGCUUGCGAUGGGUUAUAGCAACGGACGAACUUCAAGUAGAUCUUAACUCAGUGCUGAGUUUAUUGAAUUCUGUGUCCGUGCAAGGAACCAAACGCAGUGUGUUACGAAUCAUGGCAAAAAUAUUCGACCCCUUUGGUGUGCUCUCUCCAUGGACUGUUCGACUCAAAAUUCUUUUCCAAAAUAUUUGGCGCAAAAAACUAAAUUGGGACGAGGAACUUUCAUCAGACUUACAAUGCAUUUGGGAGACCUGUCGGAACGAGAUAAACGAACUUAACGAAAUAGGUAUUCCAAGGCACUUGUCCACGAGCAGAGAGGGAUCAACACAAGUACACGUUUUUGCUGACGCAAGUCAGCAUGCAUUUGGAGCUGUAGCUUACGCGAGGACAGUGCAAUGUGACGGUCAAAUUACUGUUAGAUUUAUUUGCUCGAAGAACAGAGUUGCUCCUCUCAAGAACGAUGGUCAAAACGAACUCACUAUACCGAAAUUAGAACUAACGGCUGCGUUGGUUGCUGCUCGGCUGCACGCUUACUUGAAGGAAAACUUACGCAUUACUAUUUCUGAUACUUUUUUAUGGAGCGAUUCUCAAAUUGUUCUUUAUUGGAUCAUGGGUUCAAAUAAACGUUGGAAGCCGUAUGUAGAAAAUCGCGUUAAGGAAAUAAAAGCUUUGUCAAAAUUGUCAUCAUGGAGACACUGCCCUGGUGUGGAAAACCCUGCGGACCUGCUCACAAGAGGUAUUAGUGCAUCAUCUCUCAUACGGUCUUCUGUUUGGUUCAACGGCCCACCUUGGCUAAUGGAGGAUAAGUCUGUCUGGCCAUGUACUCCUAUUGCUGAUACAAUUGCUGUAUGUGGUCUCUCUUUGCAUGCAGAUGAUGAAAAUGAAAACGCAGCAGUUGUAAAGUUACAGUUUGCCGAACCAGUUAUGAAUGCUAAGGAAUUUAGUACAUGGACUCGUCUUCUUCGUAUUACUGCCUGCUUUUUUCGAUCUAUCGAUAGAUUUAGAAAGCGGGAAUUUGAUUUUAUUUCCGCUGAAGAUAUCGCCAACGCUGAAAGUUACUGGAUCCAUCAAGCUCAAAACCAGCACUUUCGUAACGAGAUUUCAUCUCUUCAAGCAAAAAAGGGUAUGCCUUCCAAUUCUAAAUUAUUGUCUCUUUUUCCAUUUUUAGAUGAUGCCGACAAUUUUUUGAGAGUUGGUGGUCGUCUCCAAGAGGUUGAAGCUAAUCAAAACCUAGCUCACCCUAUCAUCUUGCCGAAGUCAUCUCAUAUAACUAAACUUAUAGUGAUUGAUCUUCAUGCAAGAAUCUUUCAUGGUGGUACCUCAGCAGUUCUUUCAAACUUACGCUCAAAAUACUGGAUUAUAAGAGGAAGACAACUUGUGAAAAAUAUAAUCAAAAAUUGCUUCGUUUGUAAGAUGCUUCGAGGUCAAGCAGCUUCGCAACCUUUUGCUCCAGUUCCAAAAGAUAGAAUGCUGUCAGCCAAAGCAUUUGAUGUGACAGGAAUUGACUUCGCCGGUCCUUUGUAUGUUCUGGAUGUAUCUGGUCAGCGAAAAAAGUUUUACAUCCUUUUAUUCACUUGUGCAGCAGUUCGUGCUGUGCACCUAGAAUACACAAACGAUCUUACUACAGAGAGUUGUAUUCUUGCUAUAAGACGAUUCAUUGCUCGGCGAGGAGCUCCUCGCAUAAUUUAUUCAGACAACGCUACAACCUUUAAGAAGGCUUCUUCUGAAUUUAAACAACUAAGUAACGUACGAACUAGUGAACGCUUUUUGGGUUUUUUGAGUGACGCUCAAAUAAGAUGGAAGUUCAUUGUUGAACGAGCGCCAUGGUGGGGUGGCUUUUGGGAGCGACUAGUAGGUGUGGUUAAAACGGCUCUUAGGGGAGCUGUAAGACGAUCCACCCUAAACAACGAUCAGCUGCAUACAUUGCUCACGGAAGUUGAGUGUGUAGUGAAUUCGAGGCCUUUAACGUACAUGGGGGAUGACCCAUUAGACCUCGCACCAUUAACUCCUGCGAAUUUUCUCAAUGGUGGCGACAGCGGAUGUAGGCCUUCAGAAGAAAUAACUUGCAAAAAUCGAACUGGUGAUGGACUACGAAAGCAGUGGAAAGAGCGUCUACUUUUCUUAGCUGCUUUUAAAAGACGUUGGUUUAAAGAAUAUCUUUUGCAAUUGAGAACGUUGCAUCAUGCUAAAAAUUGCGCGAAUUCCAGCUUGCAAGUUGGAGAUGUGGUACUGGUGGAAGAUUCAUCGUUGCCUCGACCUCUUUGGCAUUUGGCUGUUAUACAAACAGUUUUUCCCGGACGAGAUGGUAAAAUUCGAGCUUGUGAGAUAAGACUUUCCAGCGGUUCUAUUUUACGAAGGCCAAUACAACUUUUGUACCCGUUAGAAAUUUCUAAUUCAUCCUGGCGGGAGGAUGUCAAAAAUCUUUAAUCUAUUAACACUGUUUAAUAAUAUCGUAAAUGAAUUAUAUUUGCUUCUUUUAUUUACUUACUAAAAUCUUAAAUGUAUUUGUAAAUAUAUAAUGAAAGCUUUCUUCUUUAGUCUAAUACAUACAUACAUUAAAUUUCAUUUGUCAUUUCAUAUUAAGAUCAGUAUUUAAUUUGCAGUCAUCAGAUUCGGUAACUUUUCUUAUUUUUAUAGUUUGUAAACCUUUCCUAAAUUAGUGAAUUAAAGUAUUAUGAAAUAUUAAACGGAUCGUCUUUUCUUUCUAAUUAAUUG